UAAAUAUACCCGGCAUUCAUCUGCCUCGGAAGGACCUUAACACAGGUGGGUAGCUUCAGAGGAGAUGUUUGAGGGCUCUACAGACAAAUUCGAUUUUUCUGACAUUGAGGGUAGAAAAAAGAUGGGGCGCAACGAUGAGGAUGCAGGGUGCCGAAUGUCCAGUGCUUCGGGGUUCCUCAUGGUUUUGUUGGCUAUAGGUAUCGCUGUAGGCGUUGGAUUAAUCGUGCACUUUGCUGGAAAUCAGAAGGAAUUAAAUUGUAACUGCUCGUGUGGGCCAGUAGAUGGUGCCGUGACAAUGGCCCCAGGAUUUUUGACGGAAACCUGCAAGGCGUCAGCUGUUCUUGGAAACCAGCAGUUAUGCGGACUGUGUCCAGCAGCGACCACUGCACAGCCAAUGACCACAACUAUGCAACUUGGUACAACAUCAACCAUGGUGAAUACAACAACCCCACCAAGUCCUCCUCCUGGACCGGUCAGAGAUACUCGGCUGCCCACCUCAGUAAAACCGCUCCACUAUAACCUACAUUUGAGGCCGGAGAUGUACAACAACAGGCCAGAGACAUUUACUUUCAACGGUACCGUUGCGAUAACUAUAGAAUGCAAUAGUGCGACGAACAACAUCACUCUCCACAUUGCCCAGCAAAACCUUACUGCUACACCAACAGUUGAGGCGGUCACUGUCGGUGAGAUAUCUCCUGUCGUCCUCAGCACUACUAAAGACACGUCUAGACAGUUCCUGAUCAUCGCGUUAGAUAAACCUUUAGUUGUUGGGGCUCAGUAUAUCAUUCGUCUCGCAUUUGAAGAUAAACUCUCGAACACAGUUCUUUUGGGCAUGUACGUCAGCACAUACAAAGACGAAGCAGCCAAUAUGACUAAGUAUAUGGCUGUCACCCAGUUUGAGCCUACAUUUGCAAGACAUGCGUUUCCUUGUUUCGACGAGCCGGCAAUGAAGGCAAAGUUCGACAUUACACUAGAAAGACAGCCUCAGAUUAUCAGUCUCUCGAACAUGCCACUUAAAUAUUCAGCGGACUUAGGAGAUGGCUAUAUUGCGGACCAUUUCGAUGUGUCGGUCACAAUGCCUACAUAUUUAGUUGCCUUUGUCUUCGGAGAACUGGAAAGUGUGAAAAAACAAUCAACAAAUAAUGUUUUGUUCGGAGUAUAUACCACGCCGGCAAAUAUCAACCAGACGGGAUUAGCUCUGCAGCUUGGAAGUUCACUUCUUGACAGCUUCGAGGAGUAUUUCAAUAUUUCAUUCUCUCUUCCCAAACUCGACAAUGUGGGCCUACCUGACUUUGUAUACGGUGCCAUGGAAAAUUGGGGACUUAUGACCUACCGAGAAACUUAUCUAAUAUACACUGAAGGUGUAACUACCACAUACGACAAAGAAUUAACAGCCGAGGUCUUAGCACACGAGAUCGUCCAUUCUUGGUUUGGUAAUCUUGUUUCCCCGGCAUGGUGGGACGACAUUUGGCUGAAUGAAGGUUUUGCUACUUUUCUCUCCUUCCUCGGAGUGGAUCUUGUGGAUCCUGAAUGGGAUAUGAUGGAUCUGAUUAACCUGUACGUGAUACAGCCUGUGAUGGACGUGGACAGCGUGGAAAGUGUCACACCAGUCUACAGAGAGGCAUACACGCCUGACGAGAUACUAGCUCUGUUUGAGAUCAUCACUUACUACAAGGGUUGCGCUGUUAUUAGAAUGAUGUGGUUCUUCCUUGGACCAGAAACCUUCAGAAAAGGUUUACAGGGAUAUCUAAGAGAGAAGGCUUAUGGAAAUGUUGCUCAUGAUGACUUGUGGGCAGCCCUGCAGGCGCAAGCGAUCGAGGAUGGCAAAACCGAUUUCAACAUAAAGGCUGUAAUGGAUUCGUGGAUAUUACAAACGAACUACCCGGUUGUGACAGUGAGGAGAGUAAAUGGAGGUCUGUACCUGAACCAGAGAAGAUUCCUUCUACAGUCCGAUAAUACAACAGAUUUUGCAGGAUACAGCUGGAAUAUUCCAUUUACCUACACGACAGAUCAAGAACUGAAUUUCAACCAAACAGCGAAUGACGUCGUAUGGAUGGCGCCCAACACACAAGUAUAUGCUACCGACGCCAGCAUCAGUAAGACGAGCGGAUGGGUCAUUGGAAACAUUCAACAUUACGGCUACUUCCGUGUGAAUUACGAACCUGAGAAUUGGAAUGCUCUGAUCACCCAGCUGAAAACAGAUUACACGAAAAUACAAUUGGUAAACAGAGGAACACUUAUCACAGAUGUAUGGGCUCUUUUUAAGGCUGGACAGGCUGAUUUGGUGACAGCCUGGGAUAUGCUGACGUACCUACGUCAUGAAACAGAAUACAUACCUUGGGCAUACGCUGCUAAUGAAAUCGAGUAUCCGACAAACAUGCUUGUCAGUCGUCCAGCCUACGGAAAUUUCGAGCGGUUCAUGCAAAACUUGCUAGAAGGACGUUCACUGAAUGUUUCCCUGUACGACAACCGGCCUACACAGGAAAGAUCACUUUCUAGGUUAAUGUUUGAAUUGUCGUGCAGAUUUGGUGUCCAAGCAUGUGCCAAUCAAGCAAUUCAAUUAUUUAAUGACUGGAAAAAUUCAGGGGCAAUGAUUCCCCCUGACAUCAAGGAAGAAGUAUUCUGUAAAGCUAUCAAGGAGGGAGGUGAAGAGGAGUGGGAUUACAUGUUCAACCUCUAUGUCAGUGGACCAGUCGCGGAACAAUCUGGGGCUCUCCGUUCACUGGGUUGUACAAACCGUCUGUGGAUCAUCAGCAGAUACCUGGAAUACAUCCUAGAUCCGUCUAAAAUAAGAAAACAAGAUGCCCCUCGUGCACUCGCUACACUUCUCAGAAACACUGUAGCCUUCUAUCCGACUUUCAAUUAUCUUCUGAAGAAAUGGGAAUUCAUAGUUGUCGAUUACGGACUGGAUGUGAACUCGUUGAAUCAAAUAAUUACCAUCGCAGCGGAAGGGAUGUAUACAGAGUACGAUAUGAACAUGAUCAAGAACUGGAGAGAUGAGAUACAUCCCGAUGAUGCCUCUGAAUUCGCAGGGUUUGCCGUUGCUCUUAAUAGAAUUUCCGUCAAUAUGGAAUGGCAUGACAAAUACUAUGAUAAGGUGGAUAAUUGGCUCGAGAAUUUCGUACGGUCUGGACUUUGAGACUCUUCAUUAAAGCACUAAAUUCGAGAAAAAUAUCUGACAUCCGAGAAAAAUAAAACACUUAAAGAAAUGAACUGUAUUUUUUGCCAUCAAAAUUACAAUAUCGCAAAAUACAAGCGGUUUUUUGGUAACAUUUUACGAAAUGAUAAAAGCCUUAACUUAAUUUUUGCUGCCUAUUAGUGCUUAAUUUGUGUUUUGGCUAGGUACUGGUGAAAUUGGCGAAUUUGCGUUGAAUCGCAGACCAUAUGUCCGUAGAAACUACAUACACUGUUUAAAAGCAUAACUGAUUCAAUGAAGGGUGUACAGUCAUGAUUUGGUACAAUAUGGUACUGAAAGGACAGAAUUAUAGGUUCGGAAAAACAUUUUUAAGUAUGAUUUAAUCUCAUACGACUUACAGUUGUAAUGAUAUACAGUAUAAGAAUGGUAAUAUACGGAGCAGUAGAUAUAGUUCGAACGCAUGUACUUAAGUAUAUGUAACGGUGUACAAGCAAUUCUACAUACAUAUAUCGUGGUUUUCUUCAAUACAGUGUCUCAAAUUAUAUAUUAUAUGAAAAUUUAAAAUUUGCCAUUUGUUUCCUGUAUGCAUGUACUUCCAUAUAAUAACUCUGAUUUAAAUACACUAGGUUUGCAAUGCAAUGCUUAGAAGUUUGGUAUGAUUUAUUUAGUUUAACGUCGUAUUAAAAAAUGUUUGGAACCUGUGUAACGUUCAGAAAGGAAUUAGUUAGAAUGAACUUCCAGUAGUAGCAUUGUUCAACAUUAAGAUACAAAUUUACGUUGUUAUUCUAAUUGCAUUUUUUUCAUUUUUUUUUUCAUUGUGUUGCUAUUUUGAAACUUCCAUGGCAAAUAAUAUGAUUGCAUGUUUUUACGUUAAUGUAUGUGUUCGGCAGUAAAAAACAGAACCAAUUGGCAAGCCUUAUGCAUGACUCCCUCAACAAAUGGCGUCAGUAUUCAAAGAUCAAGUAUAACUGUUAAUUAUCUUAUUAAAAAAAAUGCAUCAUAAAUAUUAAGAAAUUUAAAAACCUCAAUGUGUGUUUUUGUUCACGGUUAUAUAUGAGCAAGUAUUCGUGUAAGUAAAAAGGAACAUAUGUAUGUAUGAAUUUGACUAUAGUCAUUGUAUUUUGUAGUAUGUCUUUAUAGAAGUAUUAAACGGUUUAACAUCUAUCACAAUAAUCAUUAUUAUGUAAGGAAACUGAAUAAAGAAUAUAUAAAUUAAUAAAUUA